GGGAUCCCUCAAUACAUGGCCUUGGGAUACGUGGAUGAGAUCCCCAUCAUGCGCUAUGACAGCAAGUGGGGACGGACAGAGCCGCAGACGCCGUGGAUGGCGGCUGGAGCCGAGCCGGGAUAUUGGGAUUUUGUGACCCAAAUCUUCAAGAGGACACAGCUCAUUGAUGCUGACAACCUGGAGACGGUGGGGAGGGGCCGGUACAACUGGAGUGGGGGUCUCCACACAAGGCAGCAGCUUUAUGGCUGUGACCUCCUGUCCGACGGGAGCAUCCGUGGAUCCUAUCGGUCCGGCUACGACGGGCGGGAUUUCAUCUCCUUCGAACUGGGAUCUGGGAACUUCGUGGCGGCCGAUGGAGCUGCCCAGAUCACCAAGAGGAAAUGGGAACACGAUGGGACUGUGGCAGAGAGUCUGACAGAUUACCUCGAGAACAUCUGUCCAGAAGCGCUCCGGAGAUUUGUUGGAUACGGGCAGGAGGCGCUGGAGCACAAAGAGCCCCCCACUGUCCACGUGUCCGGGAAAGAGGAACACGGGAUCCUGACGUUG